CUCCGAGAUCCCCGGCCACGUAAGUAACUAUUAAUACCGCCUCGCCCGGGGAUGCGGGCGUGCUGAGCGCCGGGAUUGGCCUAGGGCGCCUGGCCAUCCCCUUUAAUUUUUAAAUACACGAUCCUCUCCUACUUCUGGGUGGCAGGAAAAAAAUAAUAAAGGAAGAAAAGCCGUCGAUUUCAAUUUUCUCCUCCAGAACAAACCCCUCCGUGCAAUUUGGUCGCAAGGCAUCUGAAGGCAAGAGUGGUUUGCAAAUUUUUCCAAGGCUCAAGACCCGGUUGUGCAGCGGGAAAGGAACGCCGCUGGUUGGCAGGGUCCAGGGAGCAUCUGCUGCCAGCUCCUGCAGGACCCCUGGAAGCUCCUGCCAGGGACACAGAGAUCGCUGGUCGCUGGUCUGCCCAGGUCACCACCCGCACUUCUUGCUUCCUUCGGAGGAGGAUCCCGGACGCGAGCAAGCGGCGACAGCAGGAGCCAGUGCUGACCUCGCGCGGGCUCAGCCUUGGGCUUUGUCGUGGUACCUGUGCCUCCUCCACUCCUGCACUCCCUGCUCAGUUUUUGCAAUCUUUUGUUGGCACCGCUGACCGCUCCAAGUUAAAUGCUCCUUUGCUAUUUUGCUUUUUUUCCUGUCUACUUUUUUUUUUUGAGAGCUCUGCGAUUUUUUUUUGAAAAGCCUCAGACGCCAUCUACAGUUAAGACUUAGGUAACUGCCCUUUCUAGCACCCCCUUCCACGCCCCCCACCCUUUUCACCAAAAAAGGGGGGUGCAGCGCGGAUUCUGACUGCCGCGCGGCGUGAACCGGUAGACUGGUGCUUAUUUCCUUUUUCUUUUUGUUUGGUUUCUAACGCGUGGAGGGCGAGCCGGCGCCGCGCGCUCCCUGAAGACUGCACAAACUCCACGCAGGGCUCCUCCGCCCGGUCUGCGGAUCCUCAGCUGGGGAUUGCUCGGGAUUCCGGCGCUGCAGCUCCGCAAGCCAGAGGCACACUCACUCGUUCAGAUCCACGCUGGAACAGAGACCCACAUACUCCAGAGCGCGGUUCUGCACCGCGCUGGCUGCGUCGGGGUAACAAAAGGACCCGAGUUGUCUGCUGAGCGAGCACCCCCGGGAGCGGGGCUCGCAGCCGGGGACCUGCCCUGCGGCGCCCAUCCGGGGGCUAGCUCCUAACUCUUCCCCCACGGAGCCCUAGUCGCGUCCCCUCCCCUUUUGAUCCUUUUAAGUCGGUGGCACCGAGGCGCCUGCAGCCGCGGCUCAUCCAUCUCUCCAGCGGGGUUUUUGGUUUGUUUGUUUGUUUGGUCGUGUGCGAUUCCCCACACUCAUGAACAUUCACAGGUCUACCCCUAUCACAAUAGCGAGAUAUGGGAGAUCGCGGAACAAAACCCAGGAUUUCGAAGAGCUGUCGUCUAUAAGGUCCGCUGAGCCCAGCCAGAGUUUCAGCCCGAACCUUGGCUCUCCGAGCCCGCCCGAGACUCCGAACUUGUCGCAUUGCGUUUCAUGCAUCGGGAAAUACUUACUGUUGGAGCCUCUGGAGGGAGACCACGUUUUCCGCGCUGUACAUCUGCACAGCGGAGAGGAGCUGGUGUGCAAGGUGUUUGAGAUCAGCUGCUACCAGGAGUCCCUGGCCCCGUGUUUCUGCCUGUCUGCCCACAGCAACAUCAACCAAAUCACAGAAAUCCUCCUGGGGGAGACCAAAGCCUAUGUGUUCUUUGAGCGGAGCUAUGGAGACAUGCAUUCCUUUGUCCGCACUUGCAAGAAGCUGAGGGAGGAGGAGGCAGCCCGACUGUUCUACCAGAUUGCCUCUGCUGUGGCCCACUGCCACGAUGGAGGGCUGGUGCUGCGUGACCUCAAGCUACGGAAAUUUAUCUUCAAGGAUGAAGAGAGGACUCGUGUCAAGCUGGAAAGUUUGGAAGAUGCUUAUAUUCUCCGGGGCGAUGAUGACUCCCUCUCUGACAAGCAUGGCUGCCCAGCGUAUGUCAGCCCAGAGAUCUUGAACACCACUGGCAGUUACUCGGGCAAGGCUGCGGACGUGUGGAGCCUGGGGGUGAUGCUGUACACCAUGUUGGUGGGGCGUUAUCCCUUUCAUGACAUUGAGCCCAGUUCCCUCUUCAGUAAGAUCCGCAGGGGCCAGUUCAACAUUCCAGAAACUCUGUCGCCCAAGGCCAAGUGCCUCAUCCGAAGCAUCCUGCGACGGGAGCCCUCAGAGCGGCUGACCUCACAGGAGAUUCUGGACCAUCCUUGGUUUUCUACAGAUUUUAGCGUCUCGAAUUCGGGAUUUGGUGCUAAAGAGGCAUCUGACCAGCUGGUGCCAGAUGUCAACAUGGAGGAGAACUUGGACCCUUUCUUUAACUGAGCUUAAGGCCCACGGACACUUAGCAGGAAACGAUUAGAAGUCAAACUUCCAGAUGUAGUAUCACAGUCUGGGGGAAGAAGAAAGGAAAAGAGAAAAAAAAUCCAACUCCUUUCUGGGUUUUGUUCUUUUGAAGGAAGAGGGUUCCCACUGCAGACAUUGCUUUCUGCUCUGAAUACAGCGAGGGAUUCGAGAGGGGCGGGGGCGGUGGUGGCUCCUGGAGUCAGGUCUCAUUGAUGAUGCUGAUCUCAAGGUUUUUGCUUUAUGGGAAAGUAGUAAAGCGAGACAGGUUGUCCCGUGUGUAUAAAAUAUAGGGCAGCUAUUUCCUUUUCUUUGCUAAGAAUGGUCCUCUGGGCUUGGAAAAGCCCUCCGGUUUGAACAGAAGGGAUGAUAUAAACACAAACAGCGCUCUGUCCCAAUACGCACCUUUGUAUUUUCAAGAACUCUUGUAUUUAUUAUGGAAAAUGUCACAUUGUGAUGUAUUAAGCCAGUACUUCAAUUACGGGUCGACGGGAUGACAUGUUACAUGCUGUAGUUAUCACUUAUAAUUUGUCCCCCUGUUUGAGUAUUUCUGUCCCUGGAAUAACCUCUCAUUUGGCUCUUUCUAGAUAGCCUUAUUUGAUUUAGAGUGGCAAAAUGUUUUCCUUUUGUAUUCCGGCUUUUCUAUUGCUGUAUGAUACAGAACUCUUUUGGCAUAAAUAUUUGUGUUCCCAGUACCUCAGUCAUUUGGGUUUUACUGCCUGCAUAUGUUUUGUGAAAUGGUCCUGUUUUGGUAGGUAACACGUGGACUCUAGUGUGUAAAUGUUACUUGAAUCUGUGCUUCACUCUAGUAUGUCGCAUGUGUGCGGACUCUUGGAUGCUUCACGCCUACUCCACAGGAGCCCCUGUCCCCAGGAGGGGGCUUCCCCAUUCAUAAUAAGGAGACAAAGCUGCCAUGGAUAUACCCUUGGUUCUAUUUUAAUAAUGGAAGAUACAGAGAGAGGGCUCUUACAGUCAGAAGAUGGUGCUGAGGCAAGAAGGACCUUCUGUCUUCUCUCUCCCCUCUCUCUCAAGUACUGGGUGGGAGGAAAGAUUGGUGACAUGCAUGGUGGGGACUAAUGGCCUCUGGUGCUUUGUCCUGUAUUUGGUUUAAUGUUUUUGUCCUAAUCUCUUCAAUCAAUAAAAUUGUGCGUAUUUAA